AUGGUCGACAUUGGCUUUGCGUCCACUUUAAGCAUCUUGGGCACCAAUCGUUCCGUGGAGUUGGAUCCAAGUGUCCAGCAUAUUCCGUUAAAUCCAUCGCAACUUCAUUUGCGUCCUCCUUCUCCACGUGUUCCCGAUGACCCCAAGCUUUUCGUGGGUCUUUCCGUCUUUCGAGACGGCUUUCGUUGUGCUCAAACCAUCCUCACUGGUUUCUUAAGGGCAAAGAAGCCAAGAAGUAUCAGCUUUGGGGUGGUCGACCAAGUAAACCCAUCAGACCAACAGUGUCUGGAUGAAUUUUGUAUCAUGGCACAAAAAGUGUGGCCAGACCAAGGAGAGUGUCCUUUUAAAGACCAGAUUCGAGUUGAUGAACGCUCGUCAAGCGAAUCCAGAGGUCCAACAUUAGCGAGACACUAUCAACAGAAAUUAAUCCAAGACGAAGAUUUUUGUCUUCAACUGGACGGACACAGUAUCUUUACCAAUGGAUGGGAUCAAAAUCUGUUGAAAGAAUGGAAAGACAUUGGGAACGAAAUGGCAGUGAUGACCACGUAUAUUCAUCACAUUCACAACUUUGUCGCGGAAAAUGGAGAUAAUAAGCUGCCGAAAGAAGUAGACCUACCACAUUUGUGUACAACAAUGCGAGGUGCCAAUGGGUUGGUGAGAAAUGUUGGCGCUAGUGUUAUCGGAGAAUCUAAGAUGCCGCAGUUACAAGCUCUAUGGGGUGCUGGCUUCUCGUACAACAAGUGUCACGCGGAAAAAAGAGUGCCGGUCGAUUCGCAUAUGUUGUGGAUUUUUGACGGAGAGGAAUUUAUAAGAGCUUCAAGACUUUGGACACAUGGAUACGAUAUGUACUCACCUAGUAAGCUGGGAAGCGUGGUGUAUCAUAACUACACGUCGGUGCCAGCACGGUUUGAAUCGAUUCCAGUGGACCAAAAACGCAAAGACCAAGAGGAGAAGAUGGGCAUUAAUCGUUUCAAGGUGUUGGUAGGUCAACCAUUUGUAGGACGAGUGACCACAAUUGAACUGGAUAAGUACGGGUUUGGAAAUGUGCGGACCUUGAAACAAUACCUGGAGUUUUGCGGGGUGACAUUUGAAGAGGGAAAGAAAGAUGCUGAGUCGUGCGAGCAAAGGCACUGGGUACCGUACGCUAACGCAACAGAAGUGGAAGAAAUUGUGGGAGGAGUCUGGACAUUACAUGGCACGCCAAACCGGAUAAUUGUGCAGGAAAAUGACGUAAAGAAUGUUGGACAGCUUUGGCAUCGCGCAACGGACAGCAUCAACGUGGAUACAUUCCACUAUGCGGCGCCGAUUAUACUUUUCUUUGGUGGUGCUCUCGUUAUCGUGGCUUUCGUGAACAACUCAUUGUCGCGCAGGUUCCGUCGCAAUCGCAGGACAAAACCAGUAAGUAACAUAUGCUAUCCAGUCUAA